AUGAAACCAUAUCCAUACCGGCUGGCCCGGUUCGGCACGGAGUGGAAUGGUAUUGAUGCCGAGCUGUACUAUGUGAGGGAUGAUGUGGUAAAUCAUUAUGCCCUGUCCUUCAUCCUGCCUGUGCCCAGUGAUACCAACAGUCUGCAUUUCACUUGGCAUUCCAGCAGCAAGGUUGAUUACAGGUUGGGGUUUCAGAUGGAAAACACGUCAGUCAUGGAUCAACCUCAGAGCAACAUCACUGUCCAGGGAGAGGUGCCUCGCACUCGCUCAGUGUUCAGAGUGGACCUCUUUUGCUCUGGUAAAGCUGAUGGAGAGGCUGUGUUAACCGUGCAGUUGAACCUGACUACACUAACCAACAACUUCACUGUACUCAACUUCAAACGCAGGAAAAUGUGUUACCGAAGAAUCGAGCAGCCUGAGCCCCCUAAAACGUUGCCAUUCCCAAACACAACCAUACAAAGAACUGGCCCGAGCAGUUCUAAUGCUCCCACAACAUCCACUCGUGUUUUCUACAUCAGUGUGUGUGUUUGCUGCAUCGUCAUCUUCCUGGUGGCCAUUAUCCUCGCUGUGCUACACCUGCACACCAUAAAGAGAGUGGAAAUGGAUGACAGCGUUAGUGACAGUGGAAGCUCCCAGGGCCUUUCUCAGCCUUCCACCCAGACCACCCAGUACCUGAGGGCAGACACCCCCAACAACGCUACACCUGUCACCAAUGCUCACACUGGCUCUGCUCCCAUUCUCCAGCUUCCAAGCGCCUCCUUUCCUCACUCCGAUGCCCCCUCGCAAGAAACCAAAAGUUAUCCCUCACUGCGGAUAGAGAAGAACGACCUGAAGAGUGUAUCGCUUCUUGAGGCCAAGGCAAAAGUCAAAGACAUUGCUAUCUCCAGAGAGAGACUAACACUCAGAGACGUCUUGCAUGAAGGGACCUUUGGCCGCAUUUUCCAUGGAGUCUUGCUUGAUGACAAGGACCCGAGCAAAGUGAAACAAGUCUUUGUGAAAGCAGUCAAAGAUCAUGCUUCAGAGGUUCAGGUGACCAUGAUGCUCACAGAAAGCUGUAAACUACGGGGGCUUCACCACAGAAACCUGCUACCCAUCAGUCAUGUAUGUAUAGAAGAUGGUGAGAAGCCCAUGGUUCUGUUGCCAUAUAUGAACUGGGGAAAUCUCAAGCUUUUCUUGCGCCAGUGUAAACUUGCUGAGGCCAACAACCCACAGGCCAUCUCUCAGCAGGACCUGGUGCACAUGGCAAUACAGAUUUCAUGCGGGAUGAGCUACCUGGCGCGGAGAGAGGUCAUUCACAAAGACCUGGCUGCCAGAAAUUGUGUAAUUGAUAACAGCAUGCAGGUGAAGAUCACAGACAACGCACUUGCCCGCGAUCUCUUCCCUAUGGACUACCACUGCCUCGGGGACAAUGAGAAUAGGCCCGUUCGUUGGAUGGCUUUGGAGAGUUUGCUGAACAAUGACUUUUCUAGUGCCAGUGAUGUGUGGGCCUUCGGGGUAACUCUGUGGGAGCUGAUGACUUUGGGACAAACUCCGUAUGUUGACAUCGACCCCUUCGAGAUGGCUGCUUAUUUAAAGGAUGGCUACAGAAUAGCACAACCCAUCAACUGCCCAGAUGAACUGUUUGCAGUCAUGGCAUGUUGCUGGGCCUUGGAUCCAGAAGAGAGGCCAAAAUUCCAACAGCUUGUCCAGUGCCUCACUGAGUUUCAUGCAGCUUUGGGGGCCUAUGUUUAAUCUCUCACCCAAGGCCACUUGCUCCAACCCAGCAGUUGUUGAACAGCACUAUUAAAGACAAUAGAUGUUUAUGCCGUGCCUUGCUUUAUACAGUAAGACAUCUGACCAUUUUUCAGUGUUUCAUUUUCUUAUUUUGUGAUAUGAAACAUGGCUUUGUUUGGGAGGUGUAGCUUGUCCCUGGAUGAAAAUAUCUUCAUAGCUAAAUAGCUGCAUGAAAUUAUGAGAUCUCUUUGCCAUACUAAAGAAGUUCAUCCACCCCUGUACACACAUUUGUUGGCAUGCUGAUAUUAGGGUGUCUACAGGAAACUGCAGUUCUCUUUGUUUGUUUUACUAACAAUGGACACCAGAAAAGAAUUGCCUAACAAGACAUUUCCUUUUGGAUAUUUUGAACAUUUUUUGUCAGAGACUUCAGGACAUACAUUUUCAAUGACUGCAGUGGGAGGAAGCUCAUUUCUAUUUUUGUUUAUGUCGGUGUAUUCACUGCCUUAGAUCAGCACGGAUGUGACAAAACAUAGGUUUCUUCUUGUUCCCCAUCCAAUCACACAUCUGGGACUGAAGAUGGUUGAGCCCUACUCCUGGUCAUAAGCUUUAACUCCCUGAUUAUGAAAUGGCCGCGGAGGUGUGGACCAACGUUUUAGGGGGCAAACUGAACUUUGGUACUGGAUUUAUAAAAUUCUUACAUCUUUUUAUGCUUGAAUGUCCUGUGUCAGAACAGUGCUUUUUUCUGUUUAAACUGUGUGUACACUCAAAAGUAAAGAAAGUAAAUGAAUGAAUCACUGUGAAUAUUUGAAGUGUACAGCCUAAACACCCUUUUUAACUAAUGUUUUGUUCUGAAUCUAUAGGCUCUCUUAUCCCUGUGAUCACUGCAUGUAAUUUUUUAGAGUUUUGUGUAAACUUUCCUGAAUUCAUACCUACCAAUUAAAUGAGGCCUUUAAAUAAAAUGGUCUUACUGUUGAGUGCUGU